AUGUUGGGUCGACUGCUUAGCACCGCGGCCUCGAGCCUCAAUCCGGCGGCGUAUUCUUCACGAAAUCACGGAACUCCUCUUGAAUCGGUGACUGAGGAGGAACACACAUCCGGUCUUCUCUUCCCCGACGCCAGCCUCCUCCGCCGUUCCAACACCCACACAUAUCCACUCCAGACAACCUUCCACUCCCCCAAUGCCUCCACAGCCGGUGCUUAUGAUGACCGCGGAGGAUUAGAGCUGGAUGCCAUCAAAGAUUUCCGGGUUAUCGUGGCCCAAAAUGCUCUAGGUGAUCGUGAUGCGUGCGUCCUGCUGGACACACGUGCCUCUGCUGACCAGCCCCCCACCGGUCUUGGUAUUGACGCUCAAGGCCUUGACCAGCCCAGUGCACGGCAUUCACGCACUGUAUCCAGUCUUACCCGUGGUUCCCGCCGAGCCUUCCUCAAUCAAUCCUCCGUUGUCGAAUCCAGCCCGCUCUCCAACGCUGCCGAUGCUCGACGCGCCACACCAGCAAGUCCCGGUGCUUUCUCUCGAGCUCGGGGUCGCAGCUCCACACUGGCACCAGCAGGAACAUGGCAUGAACCUGGAGUCACACGACAUGGUUCUGAUUCCAAUGACACUGGCUUGCUCAACUGCAUCUUCGGCAGCAGUGCCUUCAGCUACCGUGGAUCCUCGACGAAGAUGCAUAUCAUAUCCGCAGAUGAUGAGCCGGGAAUGGUCACAAGUUCCUCUCCAGCUGUUCGGAGUCCAUUGGCCCGUGCCUAUACUACUGGAAGUCCCUCAGGACUGAUGGGGCCUCCACGAGUGUCGGAGGGCAAGCCACCCGCAAAAGUGACGGUUCUCGUGACUCGCAUGUUCAGCGUCAACCUCCCAGAAGGAGCCGAGGCAUCCGCUGAAAAGAACGAUUACGCCAAUGCCAUCUACCAGGAAUCUCUCCCGGAGAUGGGCUUCCCUUUCCCAGACGUAUCGAAGCGAAAGAAGAUCAAGGAGAAGAAGACGCCAAUGUAUGCAGUUGCGAUCACCAUUCAAAUCCCUUUGCUGGCCCGAAAUUCUGGACGACCGGUAUCCCGCUUCAGUACCCUCGGCCCUGAUUCACCCCGAGUCGGUCUGUCGAGCUCAUUGGAUUCGGAUUAUCGCUGGCCGGGCGCCUUUCUCGACGACAGCUUGUCCGCAGCAUCUCCUCCCGCCAGCUUGGACGAGCGUCUAGAUCUUCUGGUCGACCACUGGGAUGUCAUCACCCGCACCUUGUCUCACCUGGAAAGGCUCGCUAGGAACGAGAUCCUUUUCCUCCUGAAGAAGGUGGAUUCCCUGUCUGGAGCCCACCCCAAACCCGCCAAGCCCCCGAACAUGCAGAGGACGAAUCAAACCAUUGUCCAUCUGCCCGCCAACAUACUGUCCGUGAACUCGAAGCUCAAGGAGGAGGCAAUUCGCAGUUCUCGUCGAAUCAGUUUGGCUCUUCAAACACCCUAUGUCCUGACUGGUCAAAGCCGAUGGGGAGUGUGGCGAGAGGAAGGACGUUCCAUCGUCCGUGGCCUAGGUGACAAGGAUUCAAACUUCUUCUUCCUUGUACUGUUGACUGCGUUCUUGGGCAACCAUACAGAAUGGCUCAAUGUCCUCGGACCAGAAUGGUACCGUCGCCGCCACAGUCAGCAGCAAAAGGCUCAACAGGAUAGCGAGCCCGUCCUGACCCACCGCACUGUCAUCGUAUGUCCCGAUAAGAUGACUGCCCGCCGUCUGAUUUUUUUGCUGUCCGCUUUUAUUCCAUCCAAGCAACGCCUGGAGCCUCUACCGUCACCGAUGCGACCCGGUACCUCGGCAUCAAUGCGUGCCAUCUCCCAGAGCCCACCAGCUGUGCCGGUGCUACGCCAAGAGUCACUCCGCAGAGCGAUUGAGCGACGUGCUCGUGCUCAAAGAUUGAGACCUGGUGAGAGCUUUCACCACAGGCGCUCUGUCAGCAUGUCGUCCCAGGACAAUGCUCAGCGUCUUUCUGAUGUGGCUGAUCAAGCUACUCCUGUACCAUCUACGGCCACGGCUCGCAGAGGAUCAGAUGCUCGUUCGAUCAAAACAUUGAGUGCGACCAUCCAACCAAAGGACAUUCGGGCACAGAAUACCAGUGGAGCCACGACCUCAAUGACCACUCAGAGUAGCACGGUUCCCGUACCGCAUUUUACAUCGCAGCAAACCCGUUCCAGCCAGGGAGGAUCUGGUCGCAGUGCAGCAGAUACCAAUGAGAGCCUGGCAUCGGAGACCUUGCUGAAAAACCUGCAACGAAGUGACAGUUCAGUUUUGAGUGGCAAUGGCAGCCUACCUGCUGCUGGAGGACGGUGGGGUGGAAUCUUCUCUGGACUUUGGAGCUCCCGCCAGGAGUCGUCCACCGAUGGACCUGAUUACUACUCCCCGGCUGAAGCCCGCAAGCGAUCUGUUUCUACAAUCUCUGGUUUACCCCCUCGUGCUCCGCCUACUCUGUCUCAGAUGGUGAAAGAAGUGGCCGAGACUGAAGCAGAACAUCGCCAGGAGGCUACGCAGAGUGGUAAUAUCUCUAUUCCAGCCACUGCCAAUAGCCCCGAGGAUGAUUCUCCUGAGCCAUCGUCCCUUACUAGUCAGAUCCGCGAGUCUCCCCUGAAACUUUCGGUCCGUGCGGAUGAAGGUGUGGUCGAUGUUGAUCUCCCCUUACCUGGUUUCUUGUCCCUUUCUUCAUCCGGUGACUCUACAAUUGCCUCUCCCAGAAAGACUCGAACGUCGGUCACCAGCAUGGAUGCCAUGGCCUCUACUCAUAGUAGUGGAUCUGGAUUCCACAGUGCUGCGAAGGAGGCUGACGGCCCCAGUACUCAUGUUGCUGGCUGGCUCAAGUCUUUCCAUGAAGAUUUCUCGCUCCAGGCGGUCCGACCUUAUGCCGCUGUCGAGGCUGAUAUCAAGCGAGCCAUGCGGGCGGAGCCCACCCCGUAUACUCCGAUGACGCCUGACGCCGAGGGCACCGAGAGGUGGGUGGAUGUGGCGACAACGUUGAUCGCCGAUACCAGGACUUCUACGGUCAAGCGUCUUCGAUUGAGACGGAAGAUUAUCGUGGGAGAUCCCUAUGGACAGAGUCAUACGCCUCCAUCGCCUGUCAACGCUUCCUACUCGGGCAGCUCUCGCAACUCGGGCGGGGCCGCAAGCUCAGCUUCCCCUUUCACCAGUUUCUUCACUGGCCAGGGCAGGUUCCCCGAUGGCGCCUUCCCCGAGGCACAGGGUCCGAAUCACGUCGAAGAGAAGUUCAUUGAGGAGCCUGUCAUGGACCUAGAUGGGAUUCUGGUGGAUGCGGUGGAGCGAGUCCUCGGCCAUAGUGGCUACUCGUCGCUCGCACAUUCACGAGCCCCGUCUCCCUCGCGCGCAAGACGAGGUGAGGACAAGGGCCAAACAACUCCUCGGGGGGAAGAACCCCCACCCGUUGAGGUUCCACGCGCAGAGUGUCGGAAGAUGCUACUCGGGGCCCUGGAGGAGGUUGUUCGGGCCGUCACCGCUGAGCAUUGCCGUGAGGACGUAGACGGAGAGCUGGGAACCGCUGAUCGAGAGCGGAGAAGGGCUUUGGCGGGUGCUGAUAACACCCUGAGGCAAGGCAUUCGGCGAUGGCUGCUGGAGGUUGAGGACUGCUGGUGA